AUGGAGAACCAAUCCAGCAUCUCUGAAUUUUUCCUCCGAGGAGUAUCUGCAUUACCAGAGCAACAACAGUUGUUCUUCAGAAUUUUCCUGUGUAUGUACCUUGUCACCUUGACUGGGAACCUGCUCAUCAUCCUGGCCAUCAGCUCUGACCCACAGCUCCACACCCCCAUGUACUUCUUUUUGGCCAACCUGUCUUUCGUUGACAUGGGUUUGACAUCCUCCACAGUUCCCAAGAUGCUGGUAAACGUGCACACUGAGCAUCACACCAUCUCCUAUGCUGGGUGCCUUGCACAGAUGUAUUUCUUUCUGAUGUUUGGUGAUCUGGACAGCUUCUUCCUAGCUGUGAUGGCCUAUGACCGCUAUGUGGCCAUUUGCCACCCUCUCCACUACCCCACAGUCAUGAGCCCCCGCGUCUGCGUCCUGCUGCUUGCCCUGUGCUGGGCCCUCACCCACAUUGUUGCCCUGACUCACACACUACUCGUGGCUCGGUUCAUGAGACCUGAGAACCAGAGCAGCGUGUCCGAGUUCCUCCUCCUGGGGCUCCCCGUCCCCCCGGAGCAGCAGGGCGUGCUCUUCACCCUGUUCCUGGGCAUGUACCUGACCACCGUGCUGGGGAACCUGCUCAUCAUCCUGCUCAUCAGGCUGGACUCGCACCUCCACACCCCCAUGUACUUCUUCCUCAGCCACCUGGCCCUCACUGAUAUUACUUUCUCAUCUGUCACCGUUCCUAGGAUGCUGAUAAACAUACAGACGAAGUACAAGGCCAUCCCCUAUGCAGGGUGCAUUUCACAGACAUAUUUUUUCAUACUGUUUGCUGAUUUGAACAGUUUCCUGAUCACAUCAAUGGCCUAUGACAGGUGUGUGGCCAUCUGUUACCCUCUGCAUUAUACCACCAUCAUGAGUCAGAGCAUUUGUGUCAUGCUGGUGGCUGGGUCAUGGGUCAUUGCAUGUGUUUGUGCUCUUUUGCACACCCUCCUUCUAGCCCGGCUGUCCUUCUGUGCUGACCACACUAUCCCCCACUUCUUCUGUGACCUUGCUGCCCUGCUCAAAUUGUCCUGCUCAGACACCUCCCUCAACCACUUGGUAAUCUUUACUGUGGGAUUAACGGCCAUUCUGCUUCCAUUCUUAUGCAUCCUGGUUUCUUAUGGCCGUAUUGGGGCCACCAUCCUCCGGACUCCCUCUACCAGGGGCAUCUGCAAAGCCUUGUCCACCUGUGGAUCACACCUCUCAGUAGUGGCUCUCUACUACGGGGCAAUUAUUGGUCUAUAUUUUCUUCCUCCAUCGAGCACCACCAAUGGCAAGAACAUCAUUGCUUCAGUGAUGUACACGGUGGUGACCCCCAUGCUGAACCCCUUCAUCUACAGCCUGAGGAACAGGGACAUGAAGGCAGCCUUGAGAAAACUCUUGAGUAAGAAGACAUAUUCUACCAACUGA